GUGGCAUCGCACUUUAUGCUGCGUUAAAGACAACUGGAAACUCGUGAAAAACGGGCUCCGACUGGGAAAUAUCGUUUUGAAUGGUCACCCAACUCUGAAUUCCAAGUUGAAAACUCGGGCAUCUUUGUAGAUCUCCAACUUGCCGUUCUGAAGAUCAUUAAAGUCAUGAUUUGACCUCGUUUUUUCCCGAGUUCCCAGUUGUCUUGAAAGCGCCAUUAUACUUCGACACGACCGACAAAGCUUUCUCCUCUGGGCAUCUUUCUCGCUAUACCUGUUUAGCGGAUGGGUGAAGGAUGAUGAUGGAGAGGCCCAGGUUACGGUAGCUAGCAGUGCGAGUAUGCGGAGAAAGAUUUAGUUAAACACCGAGUUUCAGUUUUGGAGAGGAUUCUAGUGGAUUUGCCAAGUGAUCUGUCUGGAAAUUAACCUGAUAAACAAGAUGAAGAGGGGUUUGCUGCGUGGCUUACUGCCAGAGGUGUCUAUCCGACUGUUGCUUCUGGUUGUCUUCCUUGUGACAGAGCAGCUUCCACCCUUUAUUCGUGAGAUCCAGGCAGAGGAGAUGUGGCUGUAUAGAUUUCACAGAGUGGAGAAUGACCAUGUCCCCACCUCUCUCAUGUUUAGCGUGGCGUGUUUCACUCCAUUCCUGGUGAUCCUGCUUUUCACCUUUCUGAAGAGAGUUGAGAGAGGAGACGUGAGAGAGGCCUCACUAGCGGUGACUCUGGCUCUGGUACUGAACGGAGUUUUCACCAACGCCAUCAAGCUGGUCGUGGGCCGGCCACGGCCAGACUUCUUCUACCGCUGUUUCCCAGACGGACAGAUGAACCUGGAGAUGCACUGCAGCGGCGACCCAGAAGUGGUCAUGGAGGGCAGGAAGAGCUUUCCCAGUGGACACUCCUCCUUUGCAUUCACUGGACUGGGCUUCACAGCGCUGUAUGUGGGGGGUAAGCUGCGGUGCUUUAAUCUGGGGGGUCGUGGCAGGGCCUGGAGACUGUGUCUCUUCCUCGCUCCGCUCCUCCUCGCCUUCAUGAUCGCUCUCUCCAGGACCUGCGACUACAAACACCACUGGCAAGAUGUGUUGGUGGGUUCUGGUCUGGGUCUGGUGUUCUCUUGGCUGUGCUACAGACAGCACUACCCCUCCCUCCAGGACCCUGACUGUCACCGGCCACUACGCCACAGAGAGACUGUUCCUGCUGUGCAGGAACGCAAGCUGGCCAACUACAUAUUACCUCUAUAGCUGGCCAACUACACAUUACCCCUAUAGUGCUACUCCAACUAUAUAUUGGAAUCAAAUGAAAUUGUAUUUGACACACGCGCCGAAUAAAACAGGUGUAGACCUUACAGUGAAAUGCUUACUUACAAGCCCUUAACCAACAAUGCAGUUUUAAGAAAAAAUAUGUGUUAAAGUAUUUACUAAAUAAACUGACGUAAACAAUACAUAAAUAAAAAUGGAAAAAGAUUAAAUAGAAAAAUAACAAAUAAUUAAAGAGCAACAAUAAAAUAACAGUUACGAGGCUAUAUACAGGAGUAACCGGUACAGAGUCAAUGUGCUGGGGCACAGGUUAGUCAAGUUAAUUGAGGUAAUAUGUACAUGUAGGUAGAGGGGGGGGCAGCGCACAAUUGGCCCACUAUUGGCCGGUGUAGGCCGUCGUUGUAAAUAAGAAUCUGUUCUUAACUGACUUGCCUAGUUAAAUAAAGGUUAAAUACAUGUCGUUUUUUAUUCAGGAAUCUUAUGGCUUGUCUGUAAAAGCUGUUAAGAACCCUUUUUUUUUUACCUAGACUUGGUGCUCCUGUACCGCUUGCUUUAAGGUAGCAGAGAGAACAGUCUAUGCCUAUGGUGGCUGGAGACUUUGGCUAUUUUUAGGGCCUUCCUCUGACACCGCCUGGUAUAGAGGUCCUCGAUGGCAGGCAGCUAAGCCCCAGUGAUGUACUGGGCUGUACACACUACCCUCUGUAGUAACUUGCGGUCGGAAGCCGAGCAGUUGCCAAACCAGGUGGUGAUGCAGCCAGUCAGGAUACUCUCGAUGGUGCAGCUGUAUAACGUUUUGAGGAUCUGAGGACCCAUGCCAAAUCUUGUCAGUCUCCUGAGGGGGAAUAGGCAUUGCCCUUCACGACUGUCUUGGUGUGUUUGGACCAUGACAGUUCGUUGGUGAUGUAGCCACCAAGGAACUUGAAGCUCUCAACCUGCUCCACUACAGCCCAGUCGAUGAGAAUGGGGGUGUGCUUGGCCCUCUUUCUCCUGUGGUCCACGAUCAUCUCCUUUGUCUUGAUCACGUUGAGGGAGAGGUUGUUAUCCUGGCACCACACUGUCUCAUCGUUGUCAGUGAUCAGGCCUACCGCUGUUGUGUCGUCGGCAAACUUAAUGAUGGUGUAGGAGUCAUGCUUGGCCAUGCAGUCAUGGGUGAACAGGGAGUACAGGAGGGGACUGAGAACACACACCUGAGGGCCCCCUUGUUGAGGAUCCGCAUGAGAGAUGUAUUGUUACCUACCCUUACCACCGGGGUCGGCCUGUCAGGAAGUCCAGGAUCCAGUUACAGAGGGAGGUGUUUAAUCCCAGGGUCCUUCAGUUGGACAACUGAAUAGGUAUCCACCUUUCCUCUUAGCUUAGUGAUGAGCUUUGAGGGCACUGUGGUGUUGAGCUGUUGUCAACGAAUAGCAUUCUCACGUAGGUGUUGCUUUUAUCUUGGUGGGAAAGGGCUCCCGGGCUCCUAAGUAGGACAACGGUCUAUGGCCAUGCCGUGGCAGCAGGGUAGCCUAGAGGUUGUACUAGUAACAGGAAGGUUGCAAGUUCAAACCCCCGAGCUGACACGGUAUGGAUCUGUCGUUCUGCCCCUGAACAGGCAGUUAACCCACUGUUCCUAGGCCGUCAUUGAAAAUAAGAAUUUGUUCUUAACUGACUUGCCUAGUUAAAUAAAGGUUUUUUAAAAAAUUAAAAAAUAAAAUCUCAGUGCUACAGACCCUGGUUCGAUUCCAGGCUGUAUCACAACCGGCCGUGAUUGGAAUCCCAUUGGGUGCACAAUUGGCCCAGCGUCGUUAGGGUUUAUCCAGGGUAGGCCGUCAAUGUAAAUAAGAAUUUGUUUGUAACUGACUUGCCUAGUUAAAUAAAGGUUCAAUGAAAAAAGGACAAUGUGAAGCGCAAUAGAGAUUGCGUCGUCUGUGGAUCUGUUGGGGCGGUAUGCAAAUUGGAGUGGGUCUAGGGUUUCCUGGAUAAUGGUGUUGAUGUGAGCCGUGACCAGCCUUUCAAAGCACUUUAUGACUACAGAUGUGAAUGCUACGGGUCAGUAGUCAUUUAGGCAGGUUAACUUUGUGUUCUUUGGCACAGGGACUAUGGUGGUCUGCUUGAAACAUGUUGGUGUUACAGCUCAAAUCGUACUACAUACUAGCCCUAUAGUGCAAAUCCAACUACAUACUACCCCUCUAGUGAAAUAGCGUUUACAUACUACCCCUUCAUCCCGGGUUCUUUAUAUCAGGCCAAAAUUUUAACCCUGAGUGGGGAGGAGAGGGACUGUAAUUUUUGAGCCCACCAGAUACCAGGUGCUAAGCUGUCAGUGCUACUGAAAUCAUUUGUAUUCCCUGGAAGUAGGAAAGUCCUCUCAACGCACACACUGGAUUAACCACAGCAGUUAAUGAUUUUUUCCUCAUAUUAUGAUAUCCUAUUUGUUUUGUCUGAUUUAUUGUGCACUACUUUUGACCACAUCCCUAUAGGCCCCGAUCAAAAGUAGUGCACUGUAUAUGGAAUAGGGUGCCAUUUGGGAGGCAGACCCGUCUGUGGAGGCGAGGGUGCACUUUUCUGUAGAGUUCAGUGUCAACACUAGGAUUACAGUGGCCUAGAAUCACAUUAGUUUGUACAUUUAGAGUUCAUCCUUCACAUCAGUGGUCACCAUCUGGUUGAUCGUGAUCAGAUUUCCAAGCCAUUCCUAAUCGAUCACCAAACAUUUCUGUAAAAAAAACGCAACAAUAAAGCCUUGCAAUCCUA